CCUACACAGGGACUAUAUCAAGACAUUUUCAAACAUGCCUGGGUAUGUCACAUAACCAGCUUUCCAGCCGUAUUACUCAUAAAGCCUCCAUUUAUAAGACCGCCAGCAUGAGGAUCUCCUUCACAGUUCAGAUUUAUGAGAAAAAAAACAACGAGUCAUGAUGUCAGGACCAGUAUGUUUGAUUGAAAGUGAUCAAAAUGGAAAGUUUCAUGUCAGAAAAGAGGGCAAAGACAUUCUGGAUGGGAUCAAUGAGCCGGUGGUGGUGGUGUCUGUAGUUGGACUCUACCGUACUGGGAAGUCUUACCUUAUGAACCGCCUUGCAGGACAACAGUCAGGCUUUCCACUUGGCAACACAAUUGAGUCAAAGACCAAAGGCAUCUGGAUGUGGUGCAUCCCUCACCCAUCUAAAGCAGGACAGACUCUGGUGCUGCUGGACACAGAAGGACUGGGUGAUGUAGACAAGGGAGACUCAAAGAAUGACAGCUGGAUCUUCUGUCUGGUGGUUUUGCUCAGCAGCACCCUCGUGUACAACAGCAGAGGAACUAUUGAUAAUGAUGCAGUGCAAAAGCUCCACUAUGUUACUGAACUCACUGAGCAAAUCAAGAUCAAAUCCGCAUCAUCUCCACCAGAAGAAGCAGAUGUUGCAGGGAAAGAGGAUUAUGAGUUUGUGUGCUUUUUCCCAUCAUUCGUCUGGUGUGUGAGGGAUUUCAUCUUGGAUUUAAAAAUUGCUGGACAGCAAGUGACAGAGGAUGAAUACCUUAAAUUUGCCCUCAGUUUAAAGAAGGAUUGCAAAACCAACUACAACCAGACUCGGGAAUGUAUCCAGCAUUAUUUCCCUUCCCAGAAGUGUUUCAUGUUCCCUUUCCCAGCCUUACCGAAAAGCAUGAAACAUUUAGAGAGCCUAAAAGAGGAGGACCUUAUGUCAGAUUUUCUGGAGGUCACAGGCCGUUUUUGUAAAUACAUCUUUGCAGAGAGUGCUGUGAAAACUCUGAAAGGGGGUCACAGAGUUACUGGGAAAAUGCUUGGUGAUCUUGCUCAGAUUUAUGUAGAGACAAUCAGCAGUGGUAAUGUGCCCUGUCUGGACAAUGCAGUGGUUGCUCUUGCAAAUCAAGAGAAUCAGGCAGCUGUUGAAGAAGCUUUACACGUGUAUAAGAGUGGCAUGGAAGAGGUGAAGAUGAAGUUUCCAGUUAAUGUGACUGAUGUUACCCAAGAGCAUCAGAACGUAAGCAGACUGGCUACAUCUGAGUUCACAAAACGUUCAUUUAGAGAUGAAAAUCAAGAGUACUUUAUAAAGUUAGAGGAAAAGAUAGGUCAAUACUAUAUAAUCCUGUUGGAAGAGAAUGAGAUGGCGUCAGAAAGGAAAUGCAAAGAGCUCCUGAAGGAUCUGUUUUCUAACAUGAAUGAACGAUUGAAUAAUGGAGAAUACAGUCGGUGUGGAGGAUAUAAAGUCUACUGCAGAGACAGAGAUGCAAUCAUUGAACAAUACCACAGUAAACCAAACAAAGGAGUCAGGGCUGAAGCUGUGCUGAAUGAGUUCAUGAAUGAGAGAGUAGCUGAAGCAAACAACAUCCUUUUUAUUGAUGAACAACUGAUUAAAAGGGAGAAAGAAAUUCAGGAGGAGAAAGAGAAGAAAAUUCUGAUGGAACAGAAGUGUAAAGAGGAAGAGGCGAAACGUAUUGAGAGUGAGCUACUGUUGGAGGCAGAGAAAAAGCGCCAGGAGGAAAUGAAGAUACAGAUGGAGGAGAAGUUUAAAAAGGAGAUGAAGCAACAACGGCAGAAGAUUAACAUAGAGCUGGAGAGCAAACUAAAGGAGCAGGCAGAUCUGCUGAACAAAGGCUUUGAAGAGAAAACUAAUCACCUUCAUCAACAGAUAUGUGAUAUGGGAAGGAGAAGGCCAAAUUUGUUGAAUUUAUGGGGACUUUUGAAGUAAUGUCCUAGACAUAGUGCCAUCUGUUACUG